AUGAGCCAUUUCUCAUGGGCAAACACGGCUGUGAAAAUUAAGCUGGCGGUCGCUGGUCACAAAGCUCUAACCUCAGAUAUCGCCAGAGCCUUGUUUCGGGAAGCUGGGCUCUGGCCCAUGGAUUUUCGCUUCAUGUCAUUUUUGGAUGACAGCAGCACUCGAAAAUUGAACAGAAACCAAAGGGAAUCUUCUGGGAUGGGGUUGGCGAUGCUUCAUGACGCAGACGGCAGCACUAUCUCGCCACGAAUUUCAGCAAUUCGUUUGAUGAAAAAUAUUCAUGCUCUUACAGACGGUCAGUUUUCUGCUCCUCAUGCUUUAGCCGAGGUUUCUGUCGCUCUCAAUAGGGAGUAUGUCUUGGGUAACAUUCUAACAAAGAAUAUAUGCCUGCCAAAAAACCGCACACCUACGAAAUCUAGGAGACAAUUCCUCGCAACAGGAAACUCAGCGGCCCUCUUGACAGUUGGCAAUUUGAAGUCCGUUCGUGCUCGCUUGGAUGGGUGGACUAUUCUAAAAUCGCCCGUGGCCGACGGUUUUCACAUUCAGGAGGAUAAUGUAGAGAAUGAUACUUCAAACAAAGAAAACAUUGACCCUCAGAAACAUCUGAAAGCGCAGUCAGCCGUGUCGCGUUUCGACGACAUAGUUAGCGACGACUUGCCAAUCUCGCGAUGGCCAAGAGCCCGAGAACAGCGGAUGCAUAUUGAGGAAGGCGAGUUGUUGAGGAUUCGAAAGCACACGGCAGCGUCGGCUUUGUAG